AUGUCUGUCGCGAGUGUGAACGAUCAGUACUUAGCUACCUUAGCUAACCUUCUAAAGCAGACGCUCGAACCUACUACAAGGCAGCUUGCUGAAAGUGAAUUAUUUACUGCGGAAGCCGAACAGUCAAACUUCCCUAUUGCUAUCUUGCAAUUAAUCACAAAAGAAAAUACAGACUCGAGUGUACGGUUUGCUGGCUCGUUGCUUUUUAAAAAUUAUGUGAAAAGAAACUGGGAAGACGAGUCAAAAAUACCUUCUGAAAUUCGAAAUGCAAUUAAAGAAUGUAUCAUCAAUAUUUUAGUUUCGGUUCCAACAAACAUACAACUUCAACUUUCCGAAGCUGUAACCUUAAUUGCUGAAAGCGAUUUUCCAGGAAAUUGGGAAAAUUUAAUACAGCAAUUAUCUAGUAAACUUGAUUCAGAAGAUUAUGCUCGGAAUAAUGGCGUUUUGCAAACUGCCCAUUCCAUAUUUAAGAGGUGGCGACAUCAGUUUCGCUCAGAUCCAUUAUUUGCCGAAAUUAAUUUCGUCUUGGAACAAUUUUGUACACCUUUUUUUCAACUCUUGCAGAAUACUGACGCCAAAAUUACAGAACAUGCACAAAACAAACAACGAUUGCUAGUGUAUAUGCAAACAUUCCUUCUUCUAAUGAAAAUUUUUUAUGAUCUUAACUGUCAAGAUAUUCCACCAUUUUUUGAAGAUAAUAUGGAACAGUGUAUGGCACUGCUACAUAAAUAUAUUAUAUAUUCAAACCCUUUGUUAGAAUCUGAGAGUGAAGAUGAAGCAGGCCCUUUAGAGAAAGUCAAAUCCUCAAUCUGUGAAAUAGUGACGCUAUAUACUAUGAAAUAUGAAGAGUUAUUCACUAUGCUACCUCAGUUUGUUGAGACAGUGUGGCUUUUGUUGACUACGAUAGGUAUAGAAGCAAAAUACGACCUUCUUGUGAGCAAGUCCAUGGCUUUCUUAUCUACAGUUGUGAAGUUGGAACAAUAUCAUAGUCUGUUCAACAAUGAGACAGCACUUACUCAAUUCUGUCAAAAGAUUGUACUUCCUAAUAUGUAUUUAAGAAACAUUGAUGAAGAGUUAUUUGAAUAUGACCCUAUUGAGUUCAUUAGAAGAGAUAUAGAAGGAUCUGAUAGUGACACUCGUAGGCGAGCUGCAUCUGAUUUUGUGCGUAGUAUGAUGACACAUUUUAUGAAAGAUAUAACACGAAUUAUUGGAACAUAUAUAACCCAAUUUCUCAAGCAAUACAAUGAAAAUCCAAGUAAUUGGAAAGAUAAAGACGCAGCAAUCUAUCUUUUGACUUCGAUUGCUACUCCUGGCACGGCAACAAAGCACGGCCUCACAGUGAUUAACGAUCUAGUAAACGUUGUAGAUUGGUUCACUGAAAAUAUCUUGCCGGAUUUACAAACACCCGUUGAUAGCGGGCAACCCGUGUUAAAAGUUGAUGCUAUAAAGUACCUGUACACUUUCAGAAAUCAAAUGAGUAAACCGGGACUAGCAGCAGUGUUCUCGUUGUUGGUUAAUCAUCUUUCGUCUACAAACUAUGUAGUUCAUACGUACGCUGCAAUUGCAAUUGAACGAAUUUUAUUUAUGCGCAAGGACAAUAUUAUGAUUAAGCACGAUAUAAAACCUUACACCCAAGAACUGCUUAUCAACUUGUUCAGGUUGAUUGAAGCUGGAACAACACCGGAAACAUUAGCCGAGAAUGAUUACCUUAUGAAAGCUGUCAUGCGAGUUAUUUUUACGAGCCGUGAUGAUAUGUCUCCGUAUGUUGGAGAAAUCUUAAGUCAUUUGAAUAAAAUUUUGGGCGAAAUUAGUAAAAAUCCAAGUAAUCCUCGCUUUAAUCAUUAUGUUUUCGAAUCUAUUGGAGCCUUGGUGAGGUUUAAUUGUUCAGACAAUCCAAUGGCAUUACAAAGCUUUGAAAACAUGUUAUUUGGCCCAUUCCAGAUUAUAUUGCAGCAAGAUGUUGUUGAAUUCGUUCCAUACGUUUUUCAAAUAUUUUCACAGCUUCUUGAACUACAUACUGAAACUCAGUUGCCUGAUAUAUAUAAAGGCAUGCUACCGGCAUUGUUAACUCCUAAUCUAUGGGAAUCAUCCGGUAACAUUCCAGCUUUGGUUCGCUUUCUCCAUGCUUAUCUUUAUCGCGACUCUUUAGCCAUUAUUACCAAUAAACAGCUCGAACCUAUUCUUGGUAUCUUCCAAAAAUUGAUCGCUUCAAAAGCUAAUGAUAAAUAUGGCCUUGAACUGUUAUGCUCAAUUGUUCAAUAUGUUCAUACAGGAACGCUUAAUCAAUAUAUUGGUGCUAUCUUAUCUCUAUUAUUGAGACGGUUACAAAGUAGCAGGACCGAAAAGUUCGCUCUAGGUUUUGUAAACUUUGUGUGUUUCUUCAUUGCAAUAAACCUUCAUGGUGGCCCUGAUUAUGUUAUUCACGCCUUUGAUUCCAUUCAAGAAAAAUUAUUUUUGGAGGUUUUAAAUGCUUUUAUCAUUCCGGAUUUACAAAAAAUUCAAGGGCCGGUUAUCCUUGCAGCACUAAUCAAAUUAUUCGAAGCGCCGACAGAGAUUGAGAAUUACGACGCUGAAGAGGAAUUACUCAAUUAUGAUUUCGAAGAGGAUAGACAGUUUCAAACUACUUUCGCUAAAUUAACAACUGCUAGUAAACCAAGGAUUGAUCCUACUGCAUCAAUUCCAGAGCCUAAAAUAUAUCUUGCCCAAGAACUUCAUCGACUUAGUCAAACAUAUCCUAAU